GGGUGAGAAAGAGUAGAACACCUUCAAACAAACAAAACAGAGUCACCGUCACUCUAAGAGUUCCCAGAUAAGGAAACCGAUGCUGUGAGAACUCACGAAUCUCAAAUGAUCAACGAGACCCCAGCAAGCGUUUUCUUUUUUCUGGGUGUCUCCCCAUCCUCCACAUGAGCAUCUCUCCAGUUCCCCCAUCCUCGACGCACAGUGCGCUGCUCACAGCCUGCAAGCCAUGUGAAGCCAGCUUGGCUCCUAGUCUAUUUAUCUUAUCUUCUAUUUAUAUUUGGAAGCCUGCUUCUUCACCUCGAAGAGCUGCCUGCAUUGCACGCCCUGGAAAUGUCUCUGUUUACCUUGAUGUGCUGUGAGCACGAUCCAGGGUUAUUAAUAAAACAGGGGAGCUUCCCAGCUGCUAGGACUAAAGAACUGCUAUAAAAUCGAUGUCCACAGUUGUCCUAGUGAGAACACCCACACUCUUCACAGGCCCCAUCUGACCCUAAAGGCCAGGAUGGGGCAAGGAACAUUGAACCAACCUGCCUGGGAAACACUGGCCUUUUUCUUUUUUUUAACUUUCUCCUACCUCAGAUGGUAGAACUCAUAUUUCUGUACAUCUGAGAUAGUAAACAGACAAGGUUUUGGUUGCUCAUUCUAUCUUAAGCAUAAACCAAACAGUAACCAAUAUCCUAUCAAAAAAAUCUGUUCCCACCAUCUCCUAGAAAGCCCCAUUUGCCCACGGCAGGCUUCCCAUGUGGCAUCCCCACCAUUCGACACAGUGACAAAUGGCAGCUGCCCCUUUGUCUAAGUUUGCCAUGAUAAACUCUACACCAAAUGCAACUCGGGUAGAAAAGGGUUUACUUGGCUUCAGCAUCCUGAUAAUGGUCUGUCAUUGAAAAAUCAGGGCUGACUCACAUGCAGGGCAGAAACUUGGUGGCAGGAGCUGAAGCAGGGACUGUGGGAAGAGGCUGAUUGUUGCCUUGCUCCCCAUAGCUCGCUCAGCUUUCAGUCACUUCUUUGACAUCAUAAUGUUCCACCCAGGGCCACCUGCUCGGGGGUGGCACAGUGAACUGGGCCCUCCCGCUUCACUUCAAUCACUAAUCAAGACGAUGUCCUACAGACUUGCCUACACAGGUCAAUCUGAUGGAGAUAUUUUCUUUAUUGAGGUGCCUCUUCCUAGAUGACUCCAGCUUCUGUCAAGGUGACAGAAACUAACCCGUAUCCCCUUUCACAGGGUUGUGAAGUUUCCUUUGCUAGUCUCCACCCCUCCCCCUCCCUUCCCCUCCCUCUCCCUCUCCCUUUCCCCCUCUCCCUCUAUAUUGGAAAGUGAGCUUGCCUCCCUACACCUGCAUGUGACUUGGUUUCUCGAGAUAGCGUAACUGCAUAUUACUGAUACACAGUCCCCAGCUUACAGUCAUUCAAAAUAAGAAUGUGGGGAUAGCACAAGAGUGACACCAUCAGCGGCAAACAUUCUUGGAAUACUGAGGAUUCAUUUCUGGACAGGCUAGGGAUAAUCCAUGAUACCUUCCCAUAGUGCUGGGCAGUGAAGCAAGGAGCUGUCAGUCACACAGUUAAAGGGGGAAAACAACCAAAGCUCCACAGUGCAUUGUUUCUAGGCUAGAGUGGUCAGUGGGGACAGGUGUACUAAGUGCAUUUGUGUGUGUGCAUGUACAUGUGGUACAUGUGUGUUUGCAUGGGUCUAUGCACAUAUGUAAGCAUAUUCGUGUGUGUGUGUGUGUGUGUGUGUGUGUGUGUGUGUGUGUGUGUGAACUUCAGGUAUCUUCCUCGUUUGCUCUCCACUUUGUUUUUCAAGGCAGGCUCUUCACUGAGCCCAGAGCUCAUUGAUUUGGCUGGCCACACAGUGAACUCCAGGGAUCUGUCUGUCUCUGCCUCUCCUUCCCCCAAGUGCUAGGCUUACAGAUGCACACCACUGUGUCUUUAUGUGGAUACCGAGGAUCAGAGCCUCAGGUCUUUUUAUCUCACACCUGGCACUUUACCAAUGCGGCCACUUUCCCAACCCCUUAAGUGCAUUUUUGACCCAGUAGCAUUUUUAACUUACAACAGGUUUAUGGGUUUUGACCCCAUUAUGGAGAAAGGAGAGUCUAUACUCACUUUGGAAACCUUUCCAGCCAUCCAGGUCCCCAUUCCUAUGCAUUCCCUCACUCUGACCUCGCUGCAGCCUGCCAAGGAGGAAGUGUCUAUUGCCCUUUCUCACCUCCAGGAACCAAGUGAAAGAAACUAGUGACUGUCCAGUGCCGUGGGUUCAGAGAGUCUCACUGGGCCAUGGCUCUGCAGAGUGUGGUCUAGUAAGUCAUCCAUGCUAAGGUCUAGUAAGUCAUCCUUGCUGUGUAAUCCCGUGCAGAGACCCGGCCCUCCCUUGGGAGCUCAGUUUCUUCCACUAUAAAGUGAGGUUACUGCCCUAAAUCAGAGCUUCUUAAUGUGAGUGUAUGACCGGGAAGAAAAUAACUGAAAGUUAGCAUUUUCUCCCAUUGCGAAUAUAGGCAAUAAACCACAAUAGCAUUAGCAGUUUCUGGGACUUUGUUACCAGGAAGAAUCAGAUAUUUUUGUAUCCCAUUAUAGUUAUUGGAGAUGCCUCAAAAUAUCAUUUGCACUCAUCACUACCUCAAGGUUAUGAUAGUUAUUAGACAAGCUGUUAGAUCUUGUUAUGACUUAGAAAAGAAAUAAAAAUAUAACAAUCACAAAUUUCUCAUUUUAACAUUUUGAUAACUAUUUCAGUAUAAUUGGUUUCCUUUGUAAUCCGAUUGGUUUUUAUUUUAUACAUUUAAAAGUUUUUUUUUCUUUCUUUGCUGGGAAGAGGGUCUACAUGUUUCAAGGAAAUGCCAAAGGGGUUUGUGGAACUCCAGAGGUAAGACCUUGCUGUGUCACUGUAGGACCCAAGGUUCCACCAAACCCAGGUGCCCACUCAUCAACCCCCCCCCAAACACACACACCCAGCCCCAUCUGCUUCCCCACCUGAGGCAGCUGCAGAGGCGCUCCCUUGGGCCCCAUGCAGCUCAGAUGGCAUUCAAUUUCAUCAGACCGGUGCCUUCUGGUCUACAGUCUAAGGGAGUCUGACGCUGUCAGACUGUUAUGGGCUCCGUGGGAAUAGGAAGGCGGAGGCUCUGGGCCCCAACAGGUCUUUUGAGAUAGUCAGCAUCUAGUGCUCAAAUAUCUUGGUUUCAUCCCUCACAGCUGAUAUCCUCCUCACCCCUGUUCUUCUGCAAGGUCCUCAUGAGGGCGUCACAGAUCCAGAGAGUUUGGAUGUUUGUUUUUGUUUUAUAGGAAAAGGCACAGGGAGGACUAGAGUCCAGAGCUGCAAAGGACAGGAUGUAGGAGGAAAGAAAGGAUGGUAAGGUGAUGGGGUUGACCUCUGUCUGCCACAUGAACAUACACACGUAUGCACGCACGCAUGCAUGCACACACACACAUGCACAUGCACACGAGAGGAAACAGAGCUGCUGACAGGGGCCAGGCUGAGCUGGCAGGGGCAGUCUGUUCUAAGAGCACAAGGCACAGUAGAACUUAUGAUGAGACCACACCAGAAGUUGAGGUGAGAGAUGGCUGUGGCUUCAGGAGGGUCACAAAUGCAGGCAGAAGCUGAGAGAGCCUGAGAAGGCAGACCCAGACAGGCUAAAGGAUAAAUAGCUAUUGGAUAGAAAUAGAAAUCAAGGAGCCAGUGUGACCUAGGUACUCCACUUGCUGACAUGGGGAACAACCAAGGCAGGCUCCCUGGUGAGACUGUGAGGUGUGAACUGCUGGCAUGUGGAGUUGGGUAAUAGGUGGUUCCUAGCAUCAAGACAAUUGUUUCUCUUUCGGGCUAAUUACUCUGCAGUUGAGAAAACCCUCCCAUGCUUCCAUAGCAACUGUUAAACUAGGGGAGUAAAACCUACUUUAGGGGUUUGCUGUGAUGGUUAUUGUAAAUAUGAAGUAAAAGCAUCAGAUGUACUGUGAGCUGUCCAUGGUCUCAGGUGUUCUCUGGCAGUGGUUGAGUCCCAGGAUUCUCAGGGAAUCCCAUUACAAAGAGGCACCUCUGGUGUGUUUCCCACUUCGGGGAUGAAAUUUGGAGUCCAUAAUAAAUUUGGCAGUGGUGAUGCUGAGUCUGUUUUUUUGCCUGUUGGGAGGGAGUACCACUUGUGUCUCUAGUCCUUCAGAUUGUGUCACACAAUGGCACCGUUGGAUAAAAUCCACAUAAUCAAUUUUCAGGAUUGUCUUUGUGGCCCAUGGUCAGCCCUGUAGAUUCUCCAAGCUUUAGUUUCUUAAGUUAAAAGAAGAAAUGAUGAGGGUUCUAGCUUGUUGGGUCCCUUAAAGUUGAAGCUCAAUGAUCAAUAUAAAGUUAAUGUAAUAAUUCACCUUACCAGGCACAUGGUGGGUACUUAGUAACAGUUACUUCUGUGAACAGCUGAGCAAGGGCUAGGCUAGGAGCCCUCACCUGGAGCAGCUGUGUCUCUGGACCUGUCUCAAAAUCAAACUAGGUUCUGUGCCUCUAGCUUAAAACCCCUUGACUGGGCUGGAGAGAUGGCUCAGAAGUUAAGAACAGUGGCUGCUCUUCCAGAGGUCCUAAGUUCAAUUCCCAGAAACUACAUGGUGGCUCACAAUCAUCUGUAACUGUAAUAUGAUGCCCUCUUCAGGUAUGCAAGUAGGCGUACAUGAAGAUAGAGUACUCAUAUACAAUAAAUAAAUAAAUAAAUAAAUAAAUAAAUAAAUAAAUAAAUAAAUCUUUAAAAGACAAACAAAACCCUUGGCUGUAUGCUCACUGGUACAGUCGGAGUCCUGAACCUCAUCUUUCCUAGUCCACGUGUUUGCUGCUGUCUUAGAGGCUCUGCCUGUCUGCAUCAGCAUGGGUCCUCAUUCCACACCUCCUGGCUGGACCUUCUGGUGGCAAAGAUUAUUCCCAGCUUCCCUUUCUCAUUCAUUAGAACAGAGCCUUCACUGUGUUCCACUAUUGAGCACAAGACUCCCUUCUUCCAUUUUUUUGUUCCAGACAAAUGUUUUAUGGUCCAAUAUGAGCAUCUGAAAGGUCAAAGUGGAACUGGAGAGAUGGCAGUCCUGUAUAAUUCCCAUAAUCUACAUGGACAUUGUGAUAAGGAGACCUACUUUUUUUAAAAGUUUCUUUUUAAAGAUUUAUUUAUGUUACUUAUAUGACUACAUUAUAGCUGUCUUCAGACACACCAGAAGAGGGCAUCAGAUCUCAUUACAGAUGUCUGUGAGUCACCAUGUGGUUGCUGGGAAUUGAACUCAGGACCUCUGGAAGAGCAGUCAGUGCUCUUAACCGCUGAGCCAUCUAUCAAGAUAGAUAGAAGAUAAGGCUGGGAGGUACUAAGUAACAUUUUCAGUGACACAUGGCAGCUUUUCAAAUCUGGGGUUUGACCUGUCGAUAGGAUAAAUGAGCGCCAGGGCCUACGCUCUUACUGAAGAGCUGUUAGCAGCUGACAAGUGCUGGGGAAUGGAGAAUCACUCCCUUUGAGGAUGUAACCAUUGAGACAUCUCCUACACUACAGUGGAUGGCCACAUAUCCAUGGACAUAUGGUCAUACUACUGGAAAUUAAUGGGUUAUGAGAGAGACAGACAGACAGACAGGAAAAAGAGAGAGACUGAGAGACUGAGACAGAGACAAACACAGAUAGAGACAGAGAAGUGGAAGAGAUAUGUUGAAAGUGUUGUAUGGGGAGAGCUGGAGGGGAAAUUAGGGGAUAAAUAUCAUCAUAUUUUGUUGUAUACCUGUAAUAAAAUCUCAAAAAUAAGUAACUUUUUUAAAGUUGUGAUUUGGACGCUGAUCGGGCCCACGUUUUCCCCAGUCACCAGUUCCUUCCUGUGUGCAGUCCCGAGAUGGGGGCUGGCAACUGUAUCAAAUGGAAGGGUGAGCAUGAAAUUGCUGGGUGGAGAAGUUGCCCGUCCAAGCAAGGCUCACUUGUUUGAGCUGUUAACGUUAGAAAGGCUCUCCCCUAUUGUUCUGUGGAUCUGGUUGAAAAGAUAGGAGGCAUCCUACAACAUCUUGAAUGAUUAGUAGAUCACUCAUGUUUUUAGAUAAAUAAUAAAAGCCAUUAUUUCUGUAGCAAACUACUCCUGAAAGCAAUGUGAUUCAGAGCAUCCCAAUGGGAGUGCCUGCAUCUGGGGCAGCUGGCUGGAAGACCUUGCUAGUCCCCGGAAAGCUGGUUAAUGUUCUAGGGUUUCAUUACUGCCCCUGCCAGGCCAUGGGGAGUUUUUUGGUGUUGAGGGUUGAGACCUUGUGUCUACAGUAUCAUUUUUUCAUCCCAAAUUGCUUCCAUCACUCUGACCACACACACAAGAUGAAAUCUAAGUGAGAAGGAGUGAGAAAGGACAGGACCUUUGAUUCUAUAAUGCCCAGGAGAAAGCUCAAGUGAGCAUGUUUUGAUAUCCUAAUGAACAACAGAAGUCCAGGGGGUGAAAAUCCAAGCCCCUGUAAUGAUGACAAGGGAAAUCACAGCCCGUCUUCCUCAGAGAGACCUCCUCACUCAAAUAUCUGGUGACAAGGCUUAGCUUAGAGUUUUCUCAAAGCAUCUACAUCUAAAGAGUGGAUACUCGGAGCUUACAUAUCAUGCCUGAGCCUUGAGGUCCCUGGAGCCUCCUGAGUAAAGGGCUAUGGAAGCUUCCAGAAGGCUGUUUAUGCCUUCUUCAGCCUUACUAUACUGAGUCACCAGGGAUGUAACCACUCAGGUCUGGCAUCCACUCUGAUAUAAAGGGGCCCCAGAGAAUGUCUCAGUCCUCCUGGUAGGUGGGUAGGUUCAGGUGCUCUAUCUUCCGCACAGUUAGAGGGGUGACUAGGGCCAUCCACCUUCCAUUCCAUUCCUAGUCCCCACAAAUUGGCACAGGACAGCUCUGGGACCCAGCAGUGAUUCCCCCCUUCACAUCCUUGCUUCUCACUGGAACUGGAAGGCUUCUGAGAACUCAGUGAGUUCCCGACACCCAGCCUAAACCUAUGACAAUCACCCCAUCAUCUGGAUUGGCAUUCUAAUGCUGGUUUGCCUGGGUUCCACAUCCUGCUCCUAGAAGGAUGCGGUUGCAUACUCCUUCAGUCUCAACAUUCGGGAGGCUGCAGGAGGAAGACCCCAUGUUCUCAGGCUAUAGACUUGACUCUGUCUGAAACAAGCUAAUAAACACAAACCAAACCAUGGCUCUAUUAUUCAUUUUACGCUUUUAGGCAAUUUUGUGGGUCUUUUGGUAUUCUUGUUUCAUCUGUAGAAUGAGGAAAUAGCAGCACCUAACUCACAAAAUUGUAAACGAGGAUUAAAUGGAAUGAUACUUAUAGAGCGUUUAGGACAGUGCAUGGCCCACUUGGGCUGCUCUGACCAUGCAUCUAGACCAAUUUGCCUUUAGUAUCAUAGGCAGGCCUAAACAAGGAAAGCCAGAGCUUUUACCUGGUGCCUGAAGCCACGAAAGGCAGAUCGCUGGCAAGCAGUGCAUGGAGCUUUGGGAAAUUUCAGGCAGGUGGGAACUGGGAGAAAAGGAACAGUACUGCCCUGCAAAUAUGGUGGCAGGAAAUCAAAGAUCCCAAGGAGAGAGACACCAGGGAAGGAAGGUGAACUAUAUUGUUGGCAACUCAGGCUACCAGACUGCAAUCAUAAUGAUGUUUACCAACUUUGUAAGAUGUGUCAGUGUUUCAAUAUCCCUUUGUCACAACUUUGUUAGAUGUGAGGCAUACAAAGACCAAAGCAACCCUGAGGUUCAGCUCUCUUAGUGUCUAUCCAUUUCAGGUGAAAACAUGGAGGCUUAUAGGAGAUCACAAAUGUUGUCUACGGUCAACAAGCUUGGGGAUAAAUCAGAGGCAGGGGUCAAUCCAGGGCUCUCACUAAGGACUAAGGAGCACCAUCCGUGGUCCCCACUACUCUUCCUGGGAUAUUGAGAUGCAGAAGAGAACAUUUAGGAGUGUGAGAGGUGGCUCAACAAAGAGGGUAUUGAAACAAUGGCUAGAGUGUUUGGAGAUGGGAUGGGGACAAACAGAAUCCAAACUACUGGUAGUAUCUUGGUCUUAGUUUCUCCGUGGGAACUUGACUUUGACCAGGGCAUCAGACACACUUUGAUCUUUCUUGGUAACAUUUUCAGGGCUCAGAAAAUUCUGAUUUACUGACCUUCCACUUCCAUAUGUAAGUGGCUUUCGAGGGCUAAAGCAAGUUAUCAACACGUUCCUGGCAACUGGAAGAGACUAACCUGAGAUGAUUCUAAACUGAGCUAAAAAAAUGGCACCACACCUGCUAGCAUUUCUUUUCCUGUUGCGGUGAUGAAAAGGAACUUAAGGGAAGAGGGGUUCCUUUCAGCUCAUAGUCCAUGGUACGCUCCACUAUAGCAAAGACCUAAAGGCAGUGUGAGUUUAAAACAACCAGUCAUAUCAUACCCAUACUCUCAGAAAAUAGUGAAGGCAAGCUGAAACUCAGCUUGCUUUCUCUGUCUUAUCCAGUCCAGAAGGCCACAUCCAGGGAAUGGACAGGCCCUCAAUUAAGAUGGCUUUUCCCCACAGGUGUGCUCAGAGGCCCAUAUCCCAGGUAGUUCUCAGUCUGCCAAGUUAAUUAAUUCCCCACCUGACUUUUUUAUUUCCAUCUCUGGGGCUCUGUAGGAGAGUGGGUGUGAAAUGAGUUGAGUUUCAGUGAUUUUGGUGACUAGACGUUGAACUGAGGACGAGGUAGGCUAGAGGAGCAGAGUAGUGAUGUGGGGAUGCAGCCAGAGGAGAGCUGAGCCUCUCUUCGCUAUAUCUGCUUCUCCCAAUUUAACUCGGAAAAAUAACCUCAGAGCAAAUGUUCAUAAAUAUGUGUCUUGCUCUAUAGAAAGAAAAACUCAUCAAAUCAAUAAUUCCAGUCAUGCAAAUUUAUUUUUGAAUAUGGGAGGGAAGAGGGUAAAUUUGCUGUAAUUACUAUAUCAUUUGACUUAAAAUUAAGUCCAUUGAAGAAACAUUUAUUGAAUGUGGGCACAGAGAGUAGAGAGACACUGAAGCUGCCUAAGAGCUUGUGAUGCAGAUCCAGCCUUCCUGGUACCCCCAGUUCUGGGAGUCUGGUUCCCAAGGCCAAAGCUAUGAAUUGUAUGUGUGAGAAAAGACGUGACAGUCCCUCAUGGUUUCUGUAAGUCAGAGCCUAGCAUUUGAUACAAACCCAUUUCCUCCCUCAUCUUUAUCGAUGAAGGAUAAAAUCUGGAAGAACCAAGUACGGUGGUACAGACCUAUAGUGCUAGGGGGAUGACAGAGAGACAGAAGACAGACAGACAGACAGACAGACAGACAGACAGACAGACAGACAGAUAGGACACCCAGCAGUGUUGUUUCCAGCUUCUAGAAAGAAACUUGACAGGCUCUGGUAUGCCCCCAUGGGCUUCAGAUUUUAAUUUCAAUAGAACAAGAAGUUUUGGGGGUACUCAUUCACACACACACACACACACACACACACACACACACACACACACACACAAAUAUUCCCCAAACUUGUGGAAAGAGAAUUGCCAAAGUCUAUAUGAGCAUAGUGGGUUGGAGGGUCCUGCAAAAGUCCACGUGAGAGACAAUGGUGGCUUGGUGGAAUUCUCCAACUCUUUGGGAGGGAGAAAAUGAGCAGACUUAAGUUAUAUUAGAAGGUAGACUUGAUAUGCAGUGGUGAAUAAUUGUCCAGGGCCAGUGUGACAUGUACAGUGGUGUCAAAACAGCGGCUGGGACUCUGGUGGAAACCAUCAGGAGCCAGUGCUGGGACUGAACAAGAUGGAGGAAAGCUAACAACAGCAGCAGCUGCAAUAGUACUAUUGAAGGAAAAGACAAACGGCAAAUCCUUUAGUACCAAUGCAGAAAGUCUAGCACCUACUUAGAAAUGAGUAAAGGGCAGAGAACACGUUGGUCCCUUAAAGACGUUUAUUGCUGAGGCACAUAGAGAAACAUGUUUACAUUGAAGAUACAAAGAUUAAAAUACCAUGACAUGUGCCUACCGCAGUGACCGAGAUAAACCAGGUCCCUGGUGUUUACUAUUGAGCAGAGCACGGGGAGCUGUCAUGGGUGCUCAUGGAGCGCUGACGGAGAUGAAAGACGGUGGGUUCCUUUGUGGGAGGCGCUUCCACAUUUUCAAACUGCUCGGCAAUGUAGCUUAAGUACAUAAUCAAACUGCCACGUGAGAAAUAUGUUUGAAAUAUUAAUUAGUGAAAAAGUGUAUACAUCCAUCAGUGGGGGAUUAAUUAUCUUCGUACAUAAACAUUACUGAGAAUGCUGUCUUAAUAUGUUAAAAAGGCAUUAAAAUCAGCGUCCAUGAUUGCAGCCCUGCAUUGCAAACCAUCGGAAUACAUGGCAUGUCUACAUUUGUUUCUCUCUACCCUCAUAGGAAGGCUCAAAGAAGGGGCCUGCAUCCAAAUCAUACCGCCAGGGUGGUGGUACAUUUUAAAAAUAUUUCGUGUAUUCUGGUACCUUAAAAGAGAGAGUAAGCUGUGGGUGCAAUAAUCGUAAUGCCGAUGACUGAAAUAAUUGGCUAAUUCCGAUGCAGAUUGGUGGGCAAAUGAUUCCAGAGAGAGGGGUUGCUGGAUUGGGAGGGCGUAAUCAAGCCAUGUCAUCCUGAGGAAGUGAGGCUCUGCACCGAGGCAGGCUGAGCCAUUUCUAUAGGCUAUUUCACCUAUUUACUCUCGCCUCAUAAAAAAUUUACAGCAAUUAAUUUUAACGAAUGACAGGAAGUGGGAACUUAGAGUUCUAACAAGGCCACGCCACAGCCGCAUUGGCCAGAGUCCAGCAUAGCCUCUUAGUGGCUGCAGUUUCGUCCUCAUUUCCCAAGACAGUAGAGUCCUAGUAUUAUGUGACCGACCCUUUCUAUUCCCUUGGUUACUAUCUUGGAUCUUUGAAUAAAGAAUCACUUUCAGUCACAUUUUCUGAAACCUGGACGCUUCUAACUAAAGUGCCCUUUUUGGGAACUUAAAUCGCUAUUGAUAGGAUCUCGUCACUUUGUGGAAACUCUGAUGGUGUUACAGAAUGGGCUCCAAACCUGCCUUGAUUUGCAAAUAGAACUUAAUUAGUGGCCAGAUGCCAAGGAGUUAUAGAUUGGAGCUCUGAGAACAGGUUGCAGGAGAGGGAGUGACUCUAUCCACAGAGCACUGGGUUGGAGAUGGCAAGUCCUGGCUCCUUCAGUUGCGAUCUGUGUGACCUUGGGAAACCUCUGUAACAUAUAACAAAGGGUAAAGUGCUCUUGCUGUUUUACCUUUGAAAUGUGAUAUCACUAAGUUCUGAGGCUGCAGAAUAGAAUAGCCAGGGAGCAAAGGCCAGCAUCCCCCAAGUAUAGUUAAAGAAACUGCUAAGAGGUGGCAUGGUAGACAGAUGAGCAUUUUAGACUUCAAAAGUUCCAUAUUCUAAUGAGAUAGGGGCAGAUACGAUACACAGACAACACCUGGAGGCGUAGAAUGACUCCAUGAUGAACUCUUUCCAUUGUUAGCAACCCUUUUGGAUUAUGGACUUCAUCUUCAUCACCAGGUUGCUUUUUAUUGGACCACGGAGAGAAGGACAAGAAAGAAAGAGCUGCAGAUGCUCCUUUUAAAACUCCUUUAAAAAUGAAGUUAAGAGCCAGGGAGACGGCUCAGUAGAUGGACAGUCUGAGGCUGAGAGAGGGCUAGUGAUUUCUCGGACACUUGGGCAAUAGUUUCCAGAACAUCUGUGAAGCCUAAACCCCAUGAUCCACACUGGACACCUCUACUAAAGAGUACUACCCAGGAACACUCUGGGAAAGCAAACCACCCUGUCCUCUGGGAUCUGAUGGCCUUGGAGAGGGGGCUGCAGGGCCUGCGGACACCAACUCUUCCCAGAGUGCUGGCAUGGAGCCAGACCACUCAGCCCUGAGUGCGGCAAGGGCCCAAUUUGUGGAUGUGGAAGAGCGUGAGCCAGAGGCCAUGGACGUGAAGGAGAGGAAGCCCUAUCGCUCGCUGACCAGGCGUCGCGAUGCUGAGCGCCGCUACACCAGCUCAUCAGCCGACAGCGAGGAGGGCAAGGGCCCACAGAAGUCCUACAGCUCCAGCGAGACCCUGAAGGCAUAUGACCAAGAUGCUCGCCUAGCCUAUGGCAGCCGCGUCAAGGACAUGGUACCACAGGAGUCGGAGGAGUUCUGCCGCACAGGCACUAAUUUCACUCUUCGAGAACUGGGACUGGGAGAGAUGACUCCCCCUCAUGGAACCCUCUACAGAACAGAUAUCGGCCUCCCACACUGUGGCUAUUCCAUGGGGGCCAGCUCUGAUGCAGACCUGGAAGCAGACACUGUGCUGUCCCCUGAACACCCAGUGCGCCUGUGGGGCCGGAGCACUCGGUCAGGGCGAAGUUCCUGCCUGUCUAGCCGGGCUAACUCCAACCUCACACUCACGGACACAGAGCAUGAGAACACCGAAACCGGUGCUCCCUUGCAUUGUUCAUCAGCUUCAUCAACCCCUAUUGAGCAGUCCCCCUCCCCGCCCCCCUCCCCUCCGGCCAAUGAGAGCCAGAGGCGGUUGCUAGGCAACGGUGUGGCCCAGCCAACCCCGGACUCAGACUCUGAGGAAGAGUUUGUCCCUAAUUCAUUCUUAGUUAAAAGUGGCUCCGCCAGCCUGGGGGUCGCAGCAAACGAUCAUCCCAGCGGCCUGCAGAACCACCCUCGGCUCCGGACGCCUCCACCACCACUCCCUCACGCCCAUACCCCCAACCAGCACCACGCGGCCUCCAUCAACUCUUUGAACAGGGGUAACUUCACCCCAAGGAGCAACCCCAGCCCAGCACCCACAGACCAUUCACUCUCCGGGGAGCCCCCAGCAGGCAGCGCCCAGGAGCCAACUCAUGCCCAGGACAACUGGCUACUCAACAGUAACAUCCCACUGGAGACCAGAAACCUAGGCAAGCAGCCAUUCCUAGGGACAUUGCAGGACAACCUCAUUGAGAUGGACAUUCUCAGCGCCUCCCGCCAUGAUGGGGCUUACAGUGACGGGCACUUCCUCUUCAAGCCCGGAGGCACCUCCCCACUCUUCUGCACCACGUCCCCAGGGUACCCCCUAACGUCUAGCACCGUGUAUUCGCCCCCACCCCGGCCCCUGCCCCGCAGCACCUUUUCGAGACCAGCCUUUAACCUCAAGAAGCCUUCCAAGUACUGCAACUGGAAGUGUGCGGCACUAAGCGCCAUCCUCAUCUCAGCUACGCUCGUCAUCCUGCUCGCAUACUUUGUGGCCAUGCACCUGUUUGGCCUAAACUGGCACCUGCAGCCGAUGGAGGGGCAGAUGUAUGAGAUCACGGAGGACACAGCCAGCAGCUGGCCUGUGCCAACGGACGUCUCCCUGUAUCCCUCAGGGGGCACUGGCUUAGAGACCCCUGACAGGAAAGGCAAAGGAGCCGCAGAAGGAAAGCCAAGUAGUUUAUUUCCAGAGGACAGUUUCAUAGACUCUGGAGAAAUCGAUGUGGGGAGACGGGCUUCCCAGAAGAUCCCGCCUGGAACGUUCUGGAGAUCUCAGGUGUUCAUAGACCACCCUGUGCAUCUGAAGUUCAAUGUGUCUCUGGGGAAAGCAGCUCUGGUUGGCAUUUACGGCAGAAAAGGCCUUCCUCCUUCUCAUACUCAGUUUGACUUUGUAGAGCUACUGGAUGGAAGAAGGCUGCUAACCCAAGAGGCAAGGAGCCUGGAGGGUCCUCAGCGCCAGUCUCGAGGCACCGUCCCCCCAUCCAGCCAUGAGACCGGUUUCAUCCAGUAUCUGGAUUCAGGAAUCUGGCACCUGGCCUUUUACAAUGAUGGGAAAGAGUCUGAAGUGGUUUCCUUCCUCACCACCACCAUUGAAUCAGUGGAGAACUGCCCCAGCAACUGCUAUGGUAACGGUGACUGCAUUUCCGGGACCUGCCACUGCUUCCUGGGUUUUCUGGGACCCGACUGUGGCCGAGCAUCCUGCCCCGUGCUAUGCAGCGGGAACGGCCAGUACAUGAAGGGCAGGUGCCUGUGCCACAGUGGCUGGAAGGGUGCAGAGUGCGACGUGCCUACCAACCAGUGCAUCGACGUGGCCUGCAGCAGCCACGGCACCUGCAUCAUGGGCACCUGCAUCUGUAACCCUGGCUACAAGGGCGAGAGCUGUGAGGAAGUGGACUGCAUGGACCCCACGUGCUCCAGUAGGGGUGUCUGUGUGAGAGGCGAGUGCCACUGCUCUGUGGGAUGGGGAGGCACCAACUGCGAGACACCCAGGGCCACGUGCUUGGACCAGUGCUCAGGCCAUGGAACCUUCCUCCCAGACACCGGGCUCUGCAACUGUGACCCAAGCUGGACUGGACAUGACUGUUCCAUUGAGAUCUGUGCUGCUGACUGUGGUGGCCACGGCGUCUGUGUAGGAGGCACCUGCCGCUGUGAGGAUGGCUGGAUGGGGGCUGCAUGCGACCAACGGGCCUGCCACCCACGCUGUGCAGAACACGGGACCUGCCGGGAUGGCAAGUGCGAAUGCAGCCCUGGCUGGAACGGCGAACACUGCACCAUUGCUCACUAUCUGGAUAGGGUAGUUAAAGAGGGCUGUCCUGGCUUGUGCAAUGGGAAUGGCAGAUGUACUCUGGACCUGAAUGGGUGGCACUGUGUCUGCCAGCUGGGCUGGCGAGGAGCUGGCUGCGACACCUCCAUGGAAACAGCCUGUGGAGACAGCAAAGACAACGAUGGAGAUGGCUUAGUAGACUGCAUGGACCCUGACUGCUGCCUCCAGCCCCUCUGCCAUGUCAACCCGCUGUGCCUAGGCUCCCCUGAUCCUCUGGACAUCAUCCAAGAGACACAGGCCCCGGUAUCCCAGCAGAACCUGCACUCCUUCUACGACCGAAUCAAGUUUCUCGUGGGCAGGGACAGCACGCAUGUCAUCCCUGGGGAGAACCCCUUUGAUGGAGGACAUGCUUGUGUCAUCCGUGGACAAGUGAUGACUUCAGAUGGGACCCCACUGGUUGGCGUGAACAUCAGUUUCAUCAAUAACCCUCUCUUUGGAUACACAAUCAGUCGGCAAGAUGGCAGCUUUGACCUGGUCACAAACGGCGGCAUCUCCAUCAUCCUGAGAUUCGAACGGGCACCCUUCAUCACACAGGAGCAUACCCUCUGGCUACCCUGGGACCGCUUCUUUGUCAUGGAAACCAUCAUCAUGAGACACGAGGAGAAUGAGAUCCCCAGCUGUGACCUGAGCAACUUUGCCCGACCCAACCCAGUGGUCUCUCCAUCCCCACUGACAUCCUUCGCUAGCUCCUGUGCUGAGAAAGGACCCAUUGUCCCAGAAAUCCAGGCUCUGCAAGAGGAAAUCAUCAUUGCUGGCUGCAAGAUGAGGUUGAGCUAUCUGAGCAGCCGCACCCCUGGCUAUAAGUCUGUCCUGAGGAUCAGUCUCACACAUCCCACCAUCCCCUUCAACCUCAUGAAGGUCCACCUCAUGGUAGCAGUUGAGGGUCGGCUCUUCAGGAAGUGGUUUGCUGCGGCUCCUGACCUAUCCUAUUACUUCAUCUGGGACAAGACAGACGUCUACAACCAGAAAGUGUUUGGGCUCUCAGAAGCCUUUGUUUCCGUGGGUUAUGAAUAUGAAUCUUGCCCAGAUCUGAUCCUGUGGGAGAAAAGGACAGCGGUGCUGCAGGGCUAUGAAAUCGAUGCCUCCAAGCUGGGGGGCUGGAGUCUGGAUAAGCACCAUGCCCUGAACAUCCAGAGUGGCAUCCUGCACAAAGGGAAUGGAGAGAACCAGUUCGUGUCCCAGCAGCCACCAGUCAUCGGCAGCAUCAUGGGCAAUGGGCGCAGGAGGAGCAUCUCCUGCCCCAGCUGCAAUGGCCUCGCGGAUGGCAACAAGCUCCUAGCACCCGUGGCCCUCACCUGUGGUUCUGAUGGGAGUCUCUACGUGGGAGACUUCAACUACAUCCGAAGGAUCUUCCCCUCUGGAAAUGUCACCAACAUCCUGGAGAUGAGAAAUAAAGAUUUCAGACAUAGUCACAGCCCAGCACACAAAUACUACCUGGCUACAGACCCCAUGAGCGGGGCCGUCUUCCUGUCUGACACCAACAGCCGGCGGGUCUUCAAGAUCAAGUCCACCACCGUGGUGAAGGACCUGGUCAAGAACUCCGAGGUGGUAGCAGGGACUGGUGACCAGUGCCUCCCCUUCGAUGAUACUCGCUGCGGAGACGGUGGGAAAGCCACAGAAGCCACGCUCACUAAUCCCAGGGGAAUUACAGUGGACAAGUUUGGGCUCAUUUACUUCGUGGAUGGCACCAUGAUCAGACGUGUUGAUCAAAAUGGGAUCAUCUCAACUUUGCUGGGCUCCAAUGAUCUCACCUCAGCCAGGCCCCUCAGCUGUGACUCUGUCAUGGAUAUUUCUCAGGUUCGCCUGGAGUGGCCCACAGACUUAGCCAUCAACCCAAUGGAUAAUUCCCUCUAUGUCCUCGACAACAACGUGGUCCUACAAAUCUCCGAAAACCACCAGGUACGCAUUGUCGCUGGGAGGCCCAUGCACUGCCAGGUUCCUGGCAUCGACCACUUCCUGCUGAGCAAGGUAGCCAUCCACGCAACCCUGGAGUCAGCCACUGCUUUGGCCGUUUCACACAAUGGAGUCUUGUAUAUCGCUGAGACCGACGAGAAGAAGAUCAACCGUAUCAGGCAGGUCACGACAAGUGGUGAGAUCUCACUGGUUGCUGGUGCCCCCAGCGGCUGCGACUGUAAAAACGACGCCAACUGCGACUGCUUCUCUGGAGAUGAUGGCUACGCCAAGGACGCAAAGCUGAACACCCCAUCUUCCUUGGCCGUGUGUGCAGACGGGGAGCUCUACGUGGCCGACCUUGGAAACAUCCGGAUCCGGUUUAUCCGGAAGAACAAGCCUGUCCUGAACACCCAGAACAUGUAUGAGCUGUCCUCCCCCAUCGACCAGGAGCUGUACCUCUUUGACACCAGUGGCAAGCAUCUGUACACUCAGAGCCUGCCCACAGGAGACUACCUGUACAACUUCACUUACACGGGGGACGGGGACAUCACACACAUCACAGACAACAAUGGCAACAUGGUGAACGUCCGCCGAGAUUCUACCGGGAUGCCUCUCUGGCUGGUAGUCCCAGAUGGCCAGGUGUACUGGGUAACCAUGGGCACCAACAGCGCACUCAGAAGUGUGACCACGCAAGGACACGAGCUGGCUAUGAUGACAUACCAUGGCAACUCUGGCCUCUUGGCGACCAAAAGCAAUGAAAACGGGUGGACAACGUUUUAUGAGUAUGACAGUUUUGGUCGCCUGACAAACGUGACCUUUCCAACUGGCCAGGUGAGCAGUUUCCGAAGCGAUACAGACAGCUCAGUGCACGUGCAGGUAGAGACCUCAAGCAAAGACGAUGUCACCAUAACCACCAACCUGUCUGCCUCGGGUGCCUUCUACACUCUGUUACAAGACCAAGUCCGGAACAGCUACUACAUCGGGGCCGAUGGCUCCCUGAGGCUGCUGCUGGCCAAUGGUAUGGAAGUGGCUCUGCAGAGCGAGCCACACCUGCUGGCUGGCACUGUCAACCCCACUGUAGGCAAGAGGAAUGUCACGCUGCCCAUUGAUAAUGGCCUCAACCUGGUGGAAUGGCGACAGCGCAAGGAGCAGGCUCGUGGUCAGGUCACAGUCUUUGGACGCCGUCUGCGGGUUCACAACCGAAACCUCUUAUCCUUGGACUUUGACCGUGUCACACGCACAGAGAAGAUCUAUGACGACCAUCGGAAGUUCACCCUUCGGAUCCUAUAUGACCAGGCGGGGAGGCCUAGCCUCUGGUCACCUAGCAGCAGGCUGAAUGGUGUCAAUGUGACCUACUCCCCUGGAGGUCACAUUGCUGGAAUCCAAAGGGGCAUCAUGUCUGAGAGAAUGGAGUAUGACCAGGCAGGCCGCAUCACAUCCCGGAUCUUUGCGGAUGGGAAGAUGUGGAGUUACACGUACUUAGAGAAGUCCAUGGUGCUCCACCUCCACAGCCAGAGGCAGUACAUCUUCGAGUUUGACAAGAACGACCGCCUCUCUUCUGUGACCAUGCCCAACGUAGCCCGGCAGACGCUGGAGACCAUUCGCUCAGUGGGCUACUACAGGAACAUCUACCAACCGCCAGAGGGCAAUGCCUCAGUCAUACAGGACUUCACUGAGGAUGGACACCUGUUACAUACCUUCUACUUGGGCACUGGCCGCAGGGUGAUUUACAAGUACGGCAAGUUGUCAAAGCUGGCUGAGACCCUGUACGACACCACCAAGGUAAGCUUCACCUACGACGAGAGUGCGGGCAUGCUGAAGACGGUCAACCUACAGAAUGAGGGCUUCACCUGCACUAUCCGCUACCGUCAGAUUGGGCCCCUGAUCGACCGUCAGAUCUUCCGAUUCACUGAAGAAGGCAUGGUCAAUGCCCGUUUUGAUUACAACUAUGACAACAGUUUCCGCGUGACCAGCAUGCAGGCCGUGAUCAACGAGACCCCGCUGCCCAUCGAUCUCUACCGCUAUGAUGAUGUGUCAGGGAAGACAGAACAGUUUGGGAAGUUUGGUGUCAUCUACUAUGACAUCAACCAGAUCAUUACCACAGCCGUCAUGACGCACACCAAGCAUUUCGACGCUUACGGCAGGAUGAAGGAAGUGCAGUACGAGAUUUUCCGGUCACUCAUGUACUGGAUGACUGUUCAGUAUGAUAACAUGGGACGGGUGGUGAAGAAGGAGCUCAAGGUGGGACCCUACGCCAACACCACCCGCUACUCCUAUGAGUACGACGCCGAUGGCCAGCUGCAGACAGUCUCCAUCAAUGACAAGCCACUCUGGCGGUACAGCUAUGACCUCAACGGAAACCUCCACUUGCUGAGCCCUGGGAACAGCGCGCGGCUCACACCGUUGCGGUACGACCUCCGAGACCGCAUCACGAGGCUGGGCGAUGUGCAGUACAAGAUGGAUGAAGACGGCUUCCUAAGGCAGCGAGGCGGGGAUGUCUUCGAGUACAAUUCAGCCGGCCUGCUCAUCAAAGCCUACAACCGGGCUAGUGGGUGGAGUGUCAGGUACCGCUAUGACGGCCUGGGGCGGCGAGUAUCCAGCAAGAGCAGCCACAGCCACCACCUACAGUUCUUCUACGCAGACCUGACCAACCCCACCAAGGUCACCCACCUCUACAACCACUCCAGCUCUGAGAUCACGUCCCUCUACUAUGAUCUGCAAGGGCACCUCUUUGCCAUGGAGCUGAGCAGCGGCGAUGAGUUUUACAUAGCUUGUGACAAUAUCGGGACCCCCCUUGCUGUCUUCAGUGGAACCGGCCUGAUGAUUAAGCAGAUCCUAUACACAGCCUAUGGGGAGAUCUACAUGGACACGAACCCCAACUUCCAGAUCAUCAUUGGCUACCACGGCGGCCUUUAUGAUCCACUCACCAAACUUGUCCACAUGGGCCGACGGGAUUAUGAUGUGCUGGCCGGACGCUGGACGAGCCCAGACCACGAACUCUGGAAACGCCUGAGUAGCAGCAGCAUCGUGCCUUUUCACCUCUACAUGUUUAAGAACAACAACCCCAUCAGCAACUCUCAGGACAUCAAGUGCUUCAUGACAGAUGUCAACAGCUGGCUGCUUACCUUCGGAUUCCAGCUGCACAACGUGAUACCUGGCUACCCCAAGCCAGACACAGAUGCCAUGGAGCCCUCCUAUGAGCUCGUGAGCACACAGAUGAAAACUCAGGAAUGGGACAACAGCAAGUCCAUCCUCGGGGUACAGUGUGAAGUUCAGAAGCAACUCAAGGCCUUCGUUACCUUAGAACGCUUUGACCAGCUUUUCGGCUCCACCAUCACCAGCUGCCAACAGGCCCCAGAGACAAAGAAGUUUGCCUCCAGUGGUUCCAUCUUUGGCAAGGGGGUCAAGUUUGCCUUGAAAGACGGUCGAGUGACCACUGACAUCAUCAGUGUGGCUAAUGAGGACGGGCGGAGGAUUGCGGCCAUCUUGAACAAUGCCCACUAUCUAGAGAACCUUCACUUCACCAUCGACGGGGUGGACACCCACUACUUUGUGAAACCAGGACCUUCGGAAGGUGACCUGGCCAUCCUGGGCCUCAGUGGGGGGCGGAGAACUCUGGAGAACGGGGUCAACGUCACUGUGUCCCAAAUCAACACCAUGCUCGGUGGCAGGACUAGACGCUACACUGACAUCCAGCUGCAGUACAGGGCACUGUGCCUGAACACCCGCUAUGGGACAACCGUGGACGAGGAAAAGGUACGGGUGCUGGAGCUGGCCAGGCAGAGGGCUGUACGCCAGGCCUGGGCCCGAGAGCAGCAGAGACUGCGGGAAGGGGAAGAGGGCCUGCGGGCCUGGACAGACGGGGAGAAGCAGCAGGUGCUGAACACGGGGCGGGUGCAAGGCUAUGACGGCUUCUUUGUGACUUCCGUGGAGCAGUACCCAGAACUGUCAGACAGCGCCAACAACAUCCACUUCAUGAGACAGAGCGAGAUGGGCCGAAGGUGACAGAAAGGGCCAAGGCCUGGACUUCUUGCCAAAGACAGCUACUCUUGUGUGGCCGUAUACCUGACUGUGUUGUACUUAACAAAAAAACAAAAACAAAAAACAAAAUACAAAAACUUUUUUUUAAACAAGUGCAGAAAACAAAACAGAAAGAUAUUUGUUGCAUUGUUUAAUUCAUGCAACAUCUUUUUUUUUUUUUUAAGAAAAGAAAAACACAAAUUUGGCCUUCACACAUUUUUUGCUAAGAAUGGAAGGGUUUGUUCUGUUCUUUCUGUUUUUUUUUUUCUCUGUAGUGUGAUCAUGAUGAUAACUUUAUUGUCUUCUGUUCCCCUUUUUCCUUGAGGAAUUCCCCCUGUCACUGGGGGUACAUUUCUCCUCUCUUGGGGAAACACAUCUCCUGGGGUGAUUCCUCCUCGGCCCCUAGGUACCCAGUGUGAUGUGAGACUCGAGUGUCUGUGCUAACUUGUCUCCUAUGUAACCCUUUCUUCUCUGAGGGCAGGAGUGAGGGGUGCAGAGAGCCACGGCCCGGUGGGACCUUGGGAGCUUUGGUUAGGCUCCCACAGAAAGUGGUGAGUUGCUCUUCACCAUGUUUUGUGCCUCCCGAGGACCUACAUCAUGCUCUGGAAAAUUCCAUGAUGUUAUUCAGCACCUUGUCAAGCCACCCCAAACUCCUGUUCAAGCUUUAUAUUUUGAUGCUAAAUGAACCCCCCCCUCCCUUUUACAAAUCUCUAGUGUAGUUGUCAGUGCCACCCCUGCCCCAUAAUGAAAUAGAGAAAGUGUCUCUGAGGCCCUUUCCCUAAUCUGGUGAUAAAACAUCCUGGGACUGUGAGCCCCAACCUUUCCAAGAGGUGAAAGUACCCAGGAUGUCUGUGAGCUGUUGAUCCUCCAUGACGUCCCUCGCUCGUCUGUUCCUCUCUCCCAAAGUCAGGCAUGAGAACCAGCAAAGCACAGCAAGCCCUCAAUGUCCAGGGAAGGCAAGGAAACCCUUUCCCCAUGGCUUUGGGUUAUCUUCCCUCCAGUGCUCAGACGCCGCCACUGACAGUCAGGAGUGUGGCAAGAAAUGCCUGAUAGCCUUUGAUCCUGGAAAGAUGCAUAAAAAUAAAAAACACGUCAGCCAAAGAAAGGAGCCAGCAAAGGCAUGAGCCAAGAACCCUAACGCACUCCUGGAGUCUCCUCUGCCUCCCCUGUUCAGGCUAUUCCCAGAGGUUCUGGAGUCCCCAGAGCCUAGGCUUUCAGGAAAUUCCUCCUGUGGAAUUCUUCACUAGAGAACCCCAGGCAGUAGUGGUGGUGUUUUGUUUUUAAGUAAGAAGAAAGAGCUCCUUCGUGUGGCCUAUCAGUGUCAUACGACCCCACGGGGAUCAGGGAUGGUGGUGCCGGAGGCUGGUUCCCAUGGAUCCAGAAGGCCAGGCUAGCACUGUCCCUGUGAAGACCUGUGCACACAUCGUUUGGAAGAGGGUAGGCGCAGGUGCAACAGUGCUGGAGGACUGCCCAGACGGAGGCAGCAAUCAGCAGGCAGGGACUACGGAGGGCAGAGGACUGUGACAACCAGAGCCAGGAGCUCACUGGAGGAUUCCUUUCCUGGUUUGUCUGCCUAGAUACCAUUGUCAUUAGCACUCACAGUGUCUGGGAGACAGGGGGGAAGCCAAAUGCUUCCUUCUGAGCUGGGCUUCUUAGGAAAUGGGACUUUUAUGGCUUACAUUUACAUUAAGUGUGGAAAAUGAAUUCCAAGUCGAAGCUAUUCCCCGUGGGAACCUUGUUGGACUGAAAGCUCAUGGCACCUUUAUAGCCUUACAGAGUCUUCAGAAUAUGACAUGAGUUAAUGAAACCAAGAAGGUCUCUUACCAUGAGAGUCUGAGCAUUGUGUAGUCUGCCUGUACUUCCGCCUGGCAGAGAGAGGUGUCCAAAGCUUAUUGGGGAGGGGAGAUCUCGCCUUAUAUUGUCCCGCUGGGAUUAGAGGAUGUGUUUCGUUAAGUGCUCUUCCUGAUUCCAAAAGAAUCUGUCACACUGCUGCAACAGUAUGCCACAGCCUGCUUUCUCCGCCCUUGCUCACUGCCUCUGGGUCAAAGCUCUGCUGGGUCAGAUUUGAUGCCCCCUCAGGCCACCGUACCCAGCACGAGCUGGUAAUGGGGACUUCUUUCUGGCAUGGUCACUCUUGGAUGGGAUGGAAAAUAGUUUGACCUGAAAAACACCAGGUCUUUCUGUAUCUAAAAGACAUAUGCCCCUCAAAAUGUACUUUGGCUGCAAGGGUCCUGUGAGUUGGCCUAGUUGAUCAGUCCCAUACUGGGACUGCCUGACAUUGGCCGAGAUCCGCUGGGGACCAUUUACUUGUAACACAGAGAGACAGCAUGUGACUCAAGGGAACCAUCUCCUUGUAGCUAUCUAGCCCAAGUCUUCCUCCUCUGCUAUCUCCCUCCUCCAAAGAAUAUAUUUUUCAGGGUCAGUGAACACCAUGAGUUAUUGGGUAACUCUAUUUGAAAGAACAAUCCUGUAUUCUUCCUGGGUUCCAUCCCAGAGAGAGUAUCUCGAUUCCAUGGGGGAAACACGCAAGCAUCCUUAAGCUGUAAAGGUCUUCCUCACUGGUGGACGUUUGUGAUUCUGAUGGGAGUUAGCUUCUGAACCUCUAAGGUUUGUUGUUGUGUUGUUCCCACCUUCUCUGCCCUCCACAACUGCCAAUUAAUCCCUCAGCCUCAGCCCCUCCUCCAUGACCUUAAACAAGACUUCGUUAGUUCUCAGCCUCAUCUUUUAUACCCCGAGACACACUCCCCCUUUGUAGUCAUCUUGGGGACAGGCAUCACUCGAGGGUGCUGUGGUGAUAUUGACUCUGUAUACACUGCACGUUAGCCUUCGACACUUGGCUCAGAAUCGCCGGCAGAAAACUAGCCCAAGGUCCAGACCAGUGCCUGACUCCACUGGGGGAUGCUGGGUUUGAAAGAAACCCUAUGAAGCUAACGGGAGACUGAGGCCGGACAAGUGCCUGUAAACAGCAGGGAUGGGGAGAGGAGCAAAUGAUGCAGAACGGAGUGAGCUGGGUAGGGCUUUAUAGGCAUGGAGUAAGGGAGGAAGAAGAAAGGGCCUUUCAGUGGUGACUUUUAAGUACCUGCCUUUCCAGAGAAGGUUUUCAAUGUGACAUCUUAGAACACAGCUUUGCCAUCCGCAGCCCUCGCAUUUCUGGUGGCCAUGUGGUGAGAGCAGUGACGCUGGGCUUUGUGCCCAGGGAGAUGAGCUUGCUGGCUUCCAGCAGAGGGCUGGGCUUUGGGGUUAAAUCACCCAUCACACAAAGAUGAGCGUGUUCUUCAUCCCUCACAGCAGCCACUUAGCCCAAGAGGUUAUGUGGAUCUUGGGGGCAGGAGGAUUCACCUCCCAUGGGGUCCCAGUCUCUCCUCUCUCCUGGGAUCUUCAUCAGGACUAAAAGCCCUCCAUGAGAGGCAUGCUAUCCCCAGCUAGGUCAAAACCAUUGUCUGUAUUUUAUGGGAGGGGACAGAAAUUAACAAAAGAACUCUGUGUGGUUCGAGACCUUUUUAUUUAGCCUUCCCCCAAAACAGCAAACUCAUUUUAAAGACUCAUCGCUCAGGUGACAGAACUCUAUCCUCUCCAACCUUUCAUUCUCAAAAAACCAGCCUUGUGUACUUGACUGCCCGGAACAGUGGUGGGCUCUGAGGUUGUGGAAGGGUGGGGAGGCAUGGGGUGGAGACGCUGCGUUGUGCUUCGGAGGCCUUGGUGGGGCCCCGUGUUGUAUUUCUUACCCUCUGGGGAAUGCCAAAGGCGUGAGACCGGGCUACUUCCUAGUCCCUAAGAAAAAUGUGAUUGAUUCUAAGGGCUGAUGGUUCAGGGAUGACUCAGCUGUCCCAGGAGAAGCUGACCCACAGAUGUCUGGUGGUCCCCAGCAGCUCUAAUCCACUCAUCACCAGAACCCCACUGUUCUAAAUGUGCCCAUCAUUCUGAGGACUUCUGAACCUGCAGCUCCGGCAAAGGACGAUUGUGAGCUGCCUCUGGAUGGCUAACACUGGAGACUCUGGCCUUACCAUGUGGAAAUAGUUUUCCUGAAGUCUGGAACUAAUUUUGAGAAGUUUUUUUCUCAAUACUUUUGUGUUUCUAACACUGUAUUCUUGACUGUGUAAAUACCAACAAGGCUGUAAAUAAAUGCAGAUGUAGAUACCUUCUAGAAAAAAAGGGGGAAAAAGCAUAAAAACAAAACCAGAAGUGAUCCCGUGUAGCCUUCGUUGACAAAUAAAAGACUAUUUUGUGUUUAAA